ACGGCGUUCCAUUUAGAAACAACGUUUUACUUCCUGUUUGAAUUCUCAACAACAGUGCCGAACCACAUAAGCUAAACAACUGUAGCAGCUUUUGAUCAACAAAUGUUAAUGUAGCAUAAAUACUAAUCAACAAUAAUGAUUCCCUACACUGUCAACAUCAAACUCGCGGCUCGGACGUUGACUGGCACUCUCAAUUUGCAGAAUAAAACCGCUGUAGAUUGGGGUUGGCAGGGGCUGAUAGCUCAGGGAUGUCACUCCAGUAUUCUCAUCAUCGAUCCAAAGACGUCUCAGACCAUCCAGGUCCUGGAGAGGCACAAAGCUAAUGUGGUCAAGGUGAGAUGGUCCAGGGAAAACUACUACCACAACCAGAGCUCUCCCUACUGUCUGCGACUGGCUUCAGGAGACGCCUCGGGGAAGAUCAUAGUGUGGGAUGUGGUCAGCGGUACUGCCCAUUGUGAGAUCCAGGAGCACUCCAAACCCAUCCAGGACUUGGAGUGGUUAUGGAAUCAGGACGCGUCCCGUGACCUACUGUUAGCCAUCCACCCUCCCAACUACAUCGUUCUGUGGAACGGAGACACGGGCACCAAGCUGUGGAAGAAGAGCUAUGCUGAGAACAUCCUCUCCUUUUCUUUUGACCCAUUCGACCCCUCCAACAUGGCGUUGCUGACCAGCGAAGGAAUAGUCUUCAUCACAGACUUUACUCACUCCAAACCGCCGGGCAGUGCCGGCAAAAAGGUCUACAUCGCCAGCCCCCAUGCAAGCCCCGCCCACACCAAGCCCGCCCCCGCCGCUACCCCGGCCCCCACCGGUGCCAAGAAGGCUCUCAACAAGGUCAAAGUGCUCAUCACCAAUGAAAAGCCCACUGCGGAGGCGGUGACGUUGAACGACUGUUUGCAGCUGUCAUACCUGCCAUCCAAGAGGAACCACAUGUUGCUGCUUUAUCCCAGAGAGAUCCUCAUCCUGGACCUGGAGCUCAGCCAGACGGUGGGUGUGGUGGCCAUCGAACGCUCCGGGGUGCCCUUCGUUCAGGUGAUUCCCUGCGCUCAGCGGGACGCCCUCUACUGUCUCCAUGAGAACGGGUGUAUCACCCUCCGAGUGUGUCGCUCCACCACCACUGCAGAGGAAGCAGCAGACUCCGAGCAGAGUGUCCACGAGCUUAUGUACGACCUGCGUUCUCAGUGCGACGCCAUCCGAGUCACCAAGACAGUCCGGCCAUAUCGCAUGGUCAUCUGCCCCGUCAACGAAAACAGCGCUGCGCUAAUGGUCAGUGACGGCAGAGCCAUGCUGUGGGAGCUCAAAGCCCACACCGGCAGGGCUGUCGUCAAUCCUAGUUCUGGUCUUACGCCGCUCUACACUCCCUCUUCAUUUUGUGGAUCUCCACUGGGAACAAACCAGAAAAGGAUUCAGGAUCUCUCCCUCAACAGCAUGAUCGGUCAGACCUUGAUAGCCGGUGAGGCUCUUUCUCCGUCAUCCAUCCAGCAGGAGGUCCAGCUGAAGUUCCUGCUGACUGGCCUGCUCUCUGGUCUGCCGCUGCCACCAUUUUCCAUCCGCAUGUGUCCACCUCUUACCACCAAAAACAUCAACCACUACCAACCUCUGCUGGCUAUAGGCACCAGCAAUGGGUCUGUACUGGUCUACAACCUGACCAGUGGACUUCUCCACAAAGAACUCAGUGUCCACUCUUGCGAAGUCAGGGGGAUUGAGUGGGUGAGUCUUACCAGUUUCCUGUCUUUUGCAACUUCUUCUCCCAACAACAUGGGUCUGGUGCGAAAUGAACUGCAGCAUGUCGACCUGCUUACUGGUGAGAUGCUUACACACACACACACCUGUCACCUGGGAUACUUACAGGGUCCUCCAAAUUACGUCCUAACUAAACAGUGUUAA